AUGCCAGCGCGGAUUAGGGAAUGGCCUUCUUGGACCGAGUACACUUCUGAAUCUCCAGCAGAGGCAGAAGACACCGAUUUCCUUAGUACUAAAAGGGCAAUAAUAGCCCAGUACGGCGAAGCGGCGCUUCGGAAGAGUUGGGUCAAAGUGUGCGAGGAGCUGAAGAGCGUGACAGAUGAGAUUGCCAUCAAGGGCAAUUCCAUAAUUCCCUUUUUCGACACCGUGGAGGUUCUUAAGCAUGGUUUCACAGAGGCUCAGAAGGAAGAGGCAAAACGGGUUGGCGCCUUUGUCUUUCGAGGCACGAUCCCAGAGGCUGAGGCGAAUACGCACUACCAGGACUUGAGAAAGUUCAUCAAGGAUAAUGACGUUGCAAUCCAAAGAUGGCCCAAGGAAAGCCCUUCGAUGUUCAUUCUGUACAAUUCACCAACGCAGAACGCUAUACGAUGUCAUCCAAAUCACCUUAAACUUCAACGCGUUCUUAAUGAGUUAUGGCAUGACUCAACCAACCGAUCCUCCCCAGAGCCGCUGAUAUAUCUCGAUGGCGUCCGUGAUAGAGCCCCAGGGCAGGCCUUCUUAGGCUUGGGGCCUCAUAUCGACGCUGGAAGCCUCUGUCGCUGGGCUGAUCCCACGUACCGCGAAGCAUACGGCCACAUCUUCUCCGGUGCUCCAGAAGAGCACGACGCCUACGAGCUGGGUAUCCGUCAAGACGCUGACCAGGAGUUGUACAAAGGCAUUGCGCACUCAACAGUUUUCCGGUCUUUCCAGGGAUGGACGGCUCUGACGCCUACCGCCCCCAGAGAGGGAACCAUUAUGCUAUACCCCAAUGUCAAGGUCGUGAUUGCAUACCUGCUGCUGAGGCCGUUUUUCGAGCCCCCAAAAGAUGCAGAGGAUUUGAUGGAUGCCGAAAAGUGGACAUUUGAUGAAUCGUCUAGCUGGUUCCCCGGCACGUUCAAGUCACAGAGCCAGCGCCUCAGUCGAUCGUCUCAUCCUCACUUGAGGCUUGAGGAAUGCCUCGUACACGUGCCCAAAGUCAACGCGGGUGAUACUGUCUGGUGGCAUUCUGACCUUUGCCAUGCCGUAGACACUGAGCACCUGGGCAAGAAUAAUGCUUCGGUAACCUUCAUUGCUGCCUGCCCAUCUACACGACUCAAUGAGGAAUACGUGAAGAGGCAACUGACAGCGACACUGAAUGGAGUCCCUUCACCUGAUUACUCCAUAGGAAAUGAUUUGGACGAAUCAAAAUUGAAGGGGUAUGUUGGGCUUGAGGGGCUGAAUGAGGAGGCAAAGAGGGCAUUUGGUUUCCAUCUGUUGGGUGAGGCAUAG